AUGUUGAAUACAAAAUAAAGAAUCUAUUUGUAAUUUAGAGAGGCAUUUGAUGAAUAAAAUAAAGAUUAACAACUGAAUUAUAAAUAAAAAUCCUAGUAUUCCAUCCUGAAUUAUAANUUUGUUGAUCCAGAAUCACCAUAAUAUUUAUAUUCCAAGCUAUUUAAAGUAUGUAAUUUUAAACAAAUAGGCAUAUUAAAAAUUGAUGAUUUUAAUUGAAAAUUAGCAUGAAGAUGCUUAUUUAAACAAUCAAUUAAUUAAAAAAUUAGGCCCUUAGAUCUAAAAUAUUUUUGAAGUUUCCUGGUAUUUGAUGUAAUAAACAAAAACAUCUAAAGAAAUUGAUGUAAAUGAUGAAACUAAAAAGUAAGUAUCAUUUAAAUUUAACAGAUCCAAAAACCAAAUCCAACAAGAGCAAGAAUCAAAUGAAGAAAUUAUUCCUAUAGAUAUUUAUAAUUUAGUCCUAAAACAUCCUAAAAUUAAAUCAUCUUGA